CAUCGACAGCGACAACUCCAUCCCGACGCCCAAUCCAGCUCUUCCGCCCACCGAACGACCGACACCCGUCGAAAUCUACAACCGCACAUAAUGGAUUCCGCAAAGGCUCCCGUCAAGCUCGUCAAGGUCACCCGUGUCCUUGGCCGAACCGGCUCCCGUGGUGGUGUCACCCAGUGCCGUGUCGAGUUCAUGGACGACCAGACCCGCUCCAUCAUCCGUAACGUCAAGGGCCCAGUCCGCGAGAACGACAUUCUCUGCCUGCUCGAGUCCGAACGUGAGGCUAGGCGCCUGCGAUAAGCGCAAUCACUAUCGGGGAAAGGGAAGCGGCAUUUCAUUCGGUUACCGGAGUUCUUUGCGAAAGCUAUGGGCAUCUGUACGGACUUUUCGGGGAUGGAAAAUAUGAUGGCGUAGUGUUCUUGCAGCGCUGCGGAGAAUGUGGCAGAUACAUGGGAGACGCGAUCACGACUGAUGUCAAAAAGUCUGGGCUCUCCGUGAAUGAAUCGAAGACUACCAACUCCCAAAUGUCCCUGGGCUGGCCGUGACGCUUCGUGGCUGUUAUCUGGGUUCAGUACGAGACUCUGAGGCGUAUUUGGAAGCUAAUGUCGCCCAGGUGAUGUCCUUUUCUCUUUCCGGCUGGUUGUAUGACCUGGCUAGCAGAUAGAUUUGUCCGCACAACAUACCCUUUCCGCUUUCCCAUCAGCAUGGCAAAUGCUUGGCAAGUCUGUA